AUGGGCCCUCAAAUCAAAGGAGCGCACUCGAGAAAGCGAAAGUUGACCAGCCGAGUGGAGGAAAUCAACUUCGACGAUACUGACCGUCAUCAAUUCCUGACUGGUUUUCGCAAACGAAAACAACAACGUAUCAAACAUGCGCAGGAAGUCGCUGAACGCAAGGUGCGAGAGGCGAAGAGAGAAGAAAGAAAGAGGAUGCGCGAGGAGCGAAAAGCAGAGUUUGAACGGGCACUUGCAGAGCACAAGAGGCAGCUAAAAAGACUCAACGAGGAAAACGAAAGCGGUGAUGAAGCUGGUAAUACGUCAAGCGGCAACGAGGAGGAAGACGAAUGGGACGGAUUCGAAGAGCCCCCGACCGUAGACUACGAGGCCGAGUAUAUAGACGAGGACAAAUAUACUACGGUAACUGUGGAGGAAAUGGAUCCAUCCAAAGAGGGUCUCCUGCAAUCCGAUGAAGAUAGCUCAGACGAAAGUCCAAAAGAGCGACCUGAUACCUCCGAAGGGGCGACGCCGACAGAGAAACCCAAGGCCAAAAAACAGCCAGAUAACAAACUGAAGAAGAAAAAGAAGAAGUUCCGAUACGAAACCAAGGACGAACGAAAAGUCACAAGGAUGAAGGAGCGGAUGGCGAACCACAGGAAGGCCAAGGCGCGGAGAGAACGGUGA